CCUCCUUUGUAGCGAGUUCCCGGCCCCUCUUCCUCCCCCCGCCCCCCAGCCCGGGCCCUCUCCCUCUCUGCCUUUCUUCCUGCCUCGCCUUCCUGCGGCGAAGGAGGCUCAUCUAUUAUAAAUGCACAUUCGGGGCUGACAUCAGCGACGAGCGGCGGGCGAGCGCCGACGAGCGGUCCCUGCGCGCUGCCCGUGCAGCGCUGCCCCCAGGCUCCGCCGAGCCUCCAGCCGGGCGCGGGGAGCGCGCGGGGAGCAGCCCCGGCCGCCAGCGCGCCGAGCGUCGUCCGACCCCCUGCCCGCCGCCGACUGGGACCCCCAGAGGACCCGGGCCGCAGCCCCCGCACAGCGCGCCCGCGCCCCCGCACCGCCGCGGAGUUUCUGCAUGACUGUCACAAAGAUGUCCUGGCGUCCGCAAUACCGUAGCUCCAAGUUCCGGAAUGUCUACGGGAAGGUGGCCAACCGGGAGCACUGCUUCGACGGGAUCCCCAUCACCAAGAAUGUGCACGAUAACCACUUCUGUGCUGUCAAUGCGCGCUUUCUGGCCAUCGUCACCGAGAGCGCGGGGGGCGGCUCCUUCCUCGUCAUCCCCCUGGAGCAGACUGGCAGGAUUGAACCCAACUACCCCAAGGUCUGCGGUCAUCAGGGUAAUGUCCUGGACAUCAAGUGGAACCCCUUCAUCGAUAACAUCAUUGCCUCAUGUUCUGAGGACACAUCGGUACGGAUCUGGGAGAUCCCCGAGGGUGGGCUGAAGCGGAACAUGACAGAGGCGCUCCUGGAGCUGCACGGGCAUAGCCGGCGUGUGGGGCUGGUUGAAUGGCACCCCACCACCAACAACAUCCUGUUCAGCGCGGGUUACGACUACAAGGUCCUCAUCUGGAACCUGGACGUGGGUGAGCCGGUGAAGAUGAUCGACUGCCACUCAGACGUGAUCCUCUGCAUGUCUUUCAACACCGACGGCAGCCUGCUCACCACCACGUGCAAGGACAAGAAGCUGCGUGUGAUCGAGCCCCGCUCUGGCCGCGUGCUGCAGGAGGCCAACUGCAAAAACCACAGAGUGAAUCGGGUGGUGUUCCUGGGGAACAUGAAGCGACUUCUCACGACAGGGGUCUCCAGGUGGAACACGAGACAGAUCGCCCUUUGGGACCAGGAGGACCUAUCUAUGCCCAUGAUUGAGGAAGAAAUUGACGGACUGUCCGGUCUCCUGUUCCCCUUCUACGAUGCUGAUACCCACAUGCUCUACCUGGCUGGAAAGGGAGAUGGAAACAUCCGGUACUAUGAGAUCAGCACUGAGAAGCCCUACCUGAGUUACCUCAUGGAGUUCCGCUCCCCAGCCCCCCAGAAAGGCCUAGGGGUCAUGCCCAAGCACGGACUGGAUGUGUCAGCCUGCGAGGUAUUCCGCUUCUACAAGCUGGUGACGCUCAAGGGCCUGAUCGAGCCCAUCUCCAUGAUUGUGCCCCGGCGGUCGGAUUCCUACCAGGAAGACAUUUACCCCAUGACGCCGGGCACGGAGCCAGCUCUGACCCCUGAUGAAUGGCUGGGAGGCAUCAACCGAGAUCCCGUGCUCAUGUCUUUGAAAGAAGGCUACAAGAAAUCCUCCAAAAUGGUAUUUAAGGCUCCCAUCAGGGAAAAGAAGAGCGUCGUGGUCAAUGGAAUAGAUUUAUUAGAAAAUGUGCCACCCAGGACAGAGAACGAGCUCCUCCGAAUGUUCUUCCGGCAGCAGGAUGAGAUUCGGAGGUUGAAAGAAGAGCUGGCCCAGAAGGACAUCCGCAUUCGGCAGCUCCAGCUGGAACUGAAAAACUUGCGCAACAGCCCCAAAAACUGUUAGCUCCAGGCUGGGCUGCUUUCUAAGGCCAUCGCCGUCGUUUCUACUCGUUCCUUAACUUCCCUUUAUCCAGUGACCCCAGAGACAGAGCCAGGACUGGAGCUGGGGAGCACCUGAGGACCCCAUCUGCCUUCUCAAGAACUGGAAGCUGAUCUUUGACCUCAUGCUAUCAGAGACCCCCCUCUCCUGGGGGCCUGCCACUGGCAGCACCUUUUCUUGCCACCCCAGGAGACUUCCCCUCUGCUGGGCAAACACCGCAGACUCUCUGAGGGGUGCCCUCAGUGAGCAGAGAGGAAAGCCAAGAUGCCAGGAGACUUAGAGCUUGAACUUUCCCCGGACGGAGGGGCCGGCAGGCCAUCGUAGCACUCCUGGCUGGGACUCACACAAUCCCUGAGGGGCCACACUGUAAGGGCUGGACUGCAGGCCUUGGUUGGUCUCCCCUACCCCGCCCUGUCUUUCCCUGAGAGCCCUGGAAGCCUGGCUAACCCUACCAGGGUUGCAAACAGCCCAGCUCCUUUCUGUCUCUUGCUCUCCCCUUCUUGUCUUCAGGGAAUUCAGAGAAUUGCUCACUAAGGCCAUAAUGACCCCCUGUCUUCCCAUGAUUCUCUUCAAAGCUCUUGUACACCCUUCCCCACUUGCUUCGUGAGGCAGGCAGGGUAGGGACUAGUGUUCCCAUCUUAUAAAUGAUAGCACUGUGGGUUGCAGGGAAGUGACUUGCUAAGUCCCUCAGCAGGUCAACUCUGGCCCCAGCCAGGGCCCACUCACUGCGUCAAGACGCCAAUCCCAUCCAGGGCUGUGGAGAGGAGGCGUCUGCCACACCAGUAGUGCCAAUGCCAUACUGCCCCGUGGAGGCCCUCACACCUGGCAUCCUGCAUCCUCCAGCCCCCACCCUCUGCUCUUGCCUGGCAGGGGACUAACUCCAGCUGAGAUGAGGCCUCUUGCUCCUGGAAGCUGAGGCUGAGGAGGGUGGAGCUUGGCCCUGAGAAAGGCAGAGCAGGGGCUGCCUGCUUCUGGAGAUGCUCCCAGUCUCUCCCACUGCUGUCUCCACACUCGGCCUUAUGCUUGUAGAAUGGCCAAACCCUUCACUCCCGGAUCGCACUUUAAAGUUUACACGAUCAUUUGGCACAUAGGAGCUCCCCUGAGCUUCACACCACCCCAGGACGCAGGAUGGAGUUCUCUCAUCUUGCAGGUGAGGAACUCAAAGUGGCCCCAGGUCAUGGGACUCUGGGGUGUCACAUGUCAUGUUGUCUUCUACACCUUUUCUUUUCUCCCUCCUUCUUGCCCUCCAUUUCCCAUGACCACACAGAGUCCAUGAACAUUGUUCUUCCUAGAAGAGUCACCGCUUGGGGGAGAGGUCUGGCCUGGGGAUCAGGAAUGUGUGUCCCCUCUCCUCUCAUUAGCUAGGAUCUGCUAGAUACAUAUUUCACACCCGCUUUCCCAUGGCCAUUCAACAGAACCUCAGUCCACACAGCCCAGGGCUCUCAAAACCCUGGGCAGGGAAAAGACCCCCACCCCUGGGGAUUUUCCUCCAAGAACUUUCCAUUCUCUUGGCCAGCUGAAGAGUGUCAACUCUCAUCUCCCCAUAUUUCUUGAGCCUUUUUUUUUUUCUUCCCCACAGACCUUUGCGGUCUUCUGUGAUUAUUUAUGCUGCCUCCCAAAAUAGAAUUGAAAUAAAAUGUUUUCAACUU